AUGUCUGACGGGACACUUGCCUCCGCAGUCGCAGUUCCAGACCAAGACAAUCUGCGCCGGUCCCCCGAAUUCAGCACGAAGCGAAGAAAGUCUUCCACGAGCGAGCACGACCCCAAGCGGCGCCGACUCAGCGGCCAGGACGAUGCCCCCGCGCAUGGCCAGCAUUUACGGCAAUCGCCUCCUGCGCCUGCGCCAGAACGUCCUGCCGAACGUAGAGCGCGACAAGGCGGGCGAGAGGAGGAGCGGAAGCGCGGACAACGGUUGUUCGGGGGGUUGCUCGGAACACUCUCGCAGAGCUCGAACUCUGCGGCACAGAGGCGGCGCGCCAAUAUUGAAAAGAAACAGCAAGAAAAGUUGAAAUCUCAGGCAGAGGAGUACGAUGAGCUGAAGAAGCGGCGGAGGGAGCAACGCGAUGAGAUCCGGAGGAAGGAAAAGCCGUUGUAUGAGCGGGAGGCGAUGCAGACUCGGCAUGCGAACCUGGUCGCCAUGGCGCAUUCUCUGAAAACGCGCACAGAACCGGUCCUGUAUUAUAAACCGUGGCAGCUACGGCCUGGCGACGAGGCGGUGAUACGAGAGCAAAUUGAGGACGCCGAAGCCAUAGUUGCGCAGGAAGUUGCCGACUUCGAGGCCCGGUACCCGCCCGAGACCUUUGAGCAACAAGAACCAAAAUCAAAACCAGAAACACAACAGCAAGCAGAGGAUCAAAAGCCAGCAGCAGCACCGGAGUCCCAGCCACAGCCUAAAGCAGUUUCCGAGCAAGAACCAGCACCACAGUCUGAGUCGCAGUCACGGGAGACCCAAGAGGCUACGGAGGCGGGUAUUAACGAUCAUCAGACACAAGGUUCUGAUCAAGUUCCUGCAGAGGUGGUGCCUACUAAUGGGCACGACACUGACAUCCAUGACCAAGCCGAUGCCCAUCGUGCAGCGGACGAUGAUGGUGGUGAGGUCGUCGAGGACAAUGAAGAUACUGUGAUUUACUAG